UGGUUGGGUGAUAAAUUAAAAAUGAGGAGACCUCUACAUGUUUGUUGAAAAAUUUAUAGCUGUAUUUAUCUGCCUGGUUCUUAGUGUUUUUGCCACAGUACCUCAAUAUGAAAAAUUCACGGGCGAAAUUCUCUUCUAUAUGGAAGUAGUGAUGGUAUCUUGGUUUAUUAUCGAGCUAAUAGCCAGAAUAUGGUCCUCUGGAUGUCGUUCUAGGUAUAUGCACUUAAUUGGACGAUUGCGUUUUAUGAUUAGACCUUUUACUCUAUUAGAUUUUAUAGUAAUCAUAGCCUCUUUGAUUGUACUAUUAUUGGGGAGUACUGGACAAGUAUUUGCUGCUUCCGCUUUACGUAGUUUAAGAUUUUUUCAAAUAUUGAGGAUGGUUCGAAUGGAUCGGAGGGGCGGAACAUGGAAAUUAUUGGGAUCUGUUGUAUGGGCCCAUCGUCAAGAGCUCAUAACAACUUUGUAUAUUGGAUUUUUGGGCCUAAUAUUAUCUUCCUUUUUGGUUUAUUUGGUAGAAAAGAAUGAAAAUCCACAAAAGUUUGGGACUUAUGCUGACGCUCUAUGGUGGGGAGUAGUCACAUUAUGUACUGUUGGGUAUGGAGAUGCCGUUCCGAUAACCUGGAGUGGCAAACUAAUAGCAUCAUUCUGUGCGCUCAUGGGAAUAUCCUUUUUUGCUCUUCCUGCUGGUAUCUUAGGAUCCGGUUUUGCUUUGAAAGUCCAACAACAACAAAGGCAAAAACAUUUAAACAGAAGAAGAGUUCCUGCAGCUAUUUUGAUUCAAAGUUUAUGGCGGUGUUAUGCUGCCGAUAUAAAAUCAACUUCAGAGGCUACUUGGAAAAUAUUCUAUAAUGCAAAUUCAUAUAGCCCAACACCAUAUUUUCCUGCCCCAUCAAUAUUUAAACAUAAUACCUCAUUCGUUAGUAGAUUUUCUUCUAGAAAAUAUCGCUCAACCGUACAAAUGUCAAACCCGGUUACUAGUCCUGUGUCAAAAAAGGUUAAUAUAUACACCUCGAUAGCUUCAAAUGGAGUUGAUGACAUUAUGCAUCACCUUAACUUAACUAGUUCUUCGGAAACUUUGAAUAUAAAAAAUCCAAACGAAAAUGAAAUAGUGCCAAUUCAAAUAAAAUUAGAUGAUGUACAUAAGGAUGCGAUCCGUUGUCUACGUAAAAUCAAAUAUUUUGUUGCAAGAAGAAAAUUUAGAGAAGCAUUAAAGCCAUAUGAUGUAAAAGAUGUCUUAGAGCAAUAUGCGGCUGGUCAUAUCGAUUUAAUAUCUAGAGUUAAAAUUUUGCAACACAGAUUUGACAUGAUACUUGGUCAGCAAGAAACUAAAAACAAAGAUGUAUACAUCUCGAAUUAUAGUUUAGCUUCGAGGAUUGUCAAUAUAGAACGUCAAGUUGAUGAUAUAGAACACAAAAUCGAUACCCUGAUAGAUAUGCAUAGAAGCCAAACUAUAGAAAAAAAAUUAAUGCUUAAUGCAGAUAUUAAUAUUGAAAUAGAUAACGAAAAAGAUACGUUAAGUUUAUACUCAGGAAAACAAAUAAAAUGUGAAAAAUAUGAAACUUCUGACCAUUUUUCCAAGAACAAGCUACCUGAACAUGAUCAAAGAAUUAAUACUGAAUCAUUAAAUAUGAAAACACAUGGAAUUAUGAAUUAUUCCCAUCAUUCCAAUAAUGCAUCAUUAAAUCGUGACCACCCUCUACAUUUCGCAGAAGAUGAUGAAAAAAAAAAUUUCAAAGAAGAUAUCGACGGCGAAUCUUACAGCUUCAGAAAUUUCCAAACCAACCAGAAAAAAAAGGAGAAAAAAAGACACAAGAAAAAUAAAAAAUUCCUGUUAAAGGAUAUCUCCGAAGAAUCUUCAAUCUGA